AUGGGCAAGGCCACGGCCGAGGUUAAGAAGAUAGGGCGCAAAACAUCGUCAGCUGUUGCGCAUGCUCCAGUUGAAGUGCCCAAGAGUUUGCGUUGCCACGGUCAGCUCUCAGAUUUCAACCUCCAAACCGAGAGAUAUCGCAUCGACGGCCAGAUACGGAUAUCCGGUGCCAGCGAAGACCUGAAGGAGGCAUCACUUGAAGAGCAGAACCCGAAUGCUGCACAGGAAGAACACGACAGUUUGUUCGAUGGGCCUCUGAGCCUUGGGGAUGCUGGAACCAUCUCAGAUGAGGUCUGGGACACGCUCGACAUCACACACUCGGAAAGGCCCUUCUCCUCUCUACCGAUGAUGCCCGCGACGACCGCCGUCUGCAGCUUGUGCAUGUUGAAAGCCGGCCUCCCGCUACAAGAUGCGCCCGAGGAGGCUGACGACGGGGUGACUGUUAUUUAUAUCUAUGACAGUGGCAACUCCGUCGAAGACUGCGGCACCACGGGCUCCCCAGCCCCCAACGAGCGGACAAGAGAUGGGCCGUCUGUGGCUGCGCCCUUUGGAGGUCGCCCUAGGGCGCCGGAGAGCCAAAAGAAGACUCACCGGCAACAACGCUACGGCCAACACCUGCAGCUCGGACUAGUCGCCCGGGUGCGCGGGGCCUUUGAACGAAAGCUCUUUGGCGAAACGGCGAGACUACUGCAUGCUGGGUCGGUCGGCUUGCGAAACCACCGCGCGGCGUGGAGGUCGCCUCGGCGCUCGGUUCUCUGCGACGGCCAACACCUUCAUCCCGCGUUUUCGCGGUCGCUCGGGAAUGGAGGGUCUAUGGGGGAAACUUCACUGGCGAAAGGCGAGACCGUGGACGAUACUGCUCUUCAAGUUGGUCGGCCGGCUUGGGGAAGCGGUGUCCGCAUUGUGCGGGCGAAGGGCUACGACCGACAGCUGCGCCUCGGCUUAUUCCAUUGGGCCUGGGGUCGCGGUGCCUACUAA